AUGGGCGCCGACAUGCUGCUGUUUCUAUUCCUGACGCUCGCUGCCGCGGCGGCGGCAGCGGGGCAGCGGCCGAGCGUGGUGACCGUUGGCGCGCUCUUCACGUAUGAGUCAACCAUUGGCCGCGCGGCACGGCUCGCCAUCGAGCUUGCCGUCGACGACGUCAACGCGGACAACGUCGUGCUCGCCGGGACCAAACUGAAUUUGAUCAGCCACGACACCAAUUGCAGCAGUUUUCUUGGAACCAUCGAAGCAUUGGAACUAAUGGAGAAAAAAGUGAUUGCUGUCAUUGGCCCACAAUCAUCUGGAAUAAGCCAUGUCAUCUCGCAUGUUGUUAAUGAGCUGCAUGUUCCACUUCUAUCAUUCGCAGCAACAGAUUCAACUCUAUCGGCAUCGGAAUAUCCUUACUUUUUAAGGGGUACCAUUAGUGACUACUUUCAAAUGCACGCUGUAGCUAGCAUUGUUGAUUACUACCAAUGGAAACAGGUAACUGCUAUAUUUGUUGAUGAUGAUUAUGGACGAAAUGGGGUCUCGGUCCUCGGAGAUGCACUUGCAGCAAAGCGGGCAAGAAUUUCAUAUAAAGCAACCAUUCCUCCAAAUUCAGACGCAGACGUGAUCACUGAUAUACUCUUUAGAGCAAACAUGAUGGAAUCAAGGGUGUUUGUUGUGCAUGUCAAUCCUGAUACAGGGAUAAGACUAUUUUCUAUAGCUAAGAAGCUCCAGAUGAUGACUAGUGGCUAUGUGUGGAUAGUAACCGAUUGGCUAGCUGCUGUCCUGGACUCCUCAAGGUCUAGCGAUCUUAAUGAUAUGAGUCAUAUCCAAGGGAUAAUAUUUCUUCGUCACCACACUCCUGAGUCUGAUGCCAAGACAAAGUUCAUAUCUAAAUGGAAUAAUGUGGCUCGUAAUAGGAGUAUUGAUUCUGCCUUGAAUUCGUAUGGUUUUUAUGCAUAUGACUCAGUAUGGAUUGUUGCCCGCGCUAUCGAUCGAUUUCUAAAUAGCGGCCAGCAGAUUAAUUUCUCUACAGAUCCAAGGUUGCACGAUUCAAAUGGAAGCACUUUGCGUCUAUCAACUCUUAAGAUAUUUGAUGGUGGUGAGCAGUUGCUACAGCAACUUCUGCUCACAAACAUUACAGGCCUAACAGGUCAGGUUCGGUUUGACUCAGAUCGCAACUUGGUACAACCAGCUUAUGAUAUCCUUAACGUUGGUGGUUCCGGGUCCCGUUUGAUUGGAUAUUGGAGUAAUUACUCUGGCCUUUCUGUUACUUCUCCUGAAAUUUUGUAUCGGAAGCCACCAAAUACGUCAACAAGUACCCAGCGGCUGUACAGUGUGGUGUGGCCAGGCGACACUACUACUAAGCCUAGGGGGUGGGUUUUUCCAAACAAUGGCCAGCCUCUCCGAGUUGGUGUUCCAAAUAAACCAAGUUUUAAGGAGUUGGUGUCAGGUGGCACUGGCCAUGAUAAUGUGAGCGGUUACAACAUUGAUAUAUUCAACGCAGCAAUUAAACUGCUUCCGUACCCAGUUUCUUGCGAAUUCAUAUCAAUUGGGGAUGGCAUAAGUAACCCUAACUAUGACAACAUUAUUAGUAGGGUAUCCACCAAUCACCUUGAUGCAGCUGUAGGUGACUUCUCCAUUGUGAGAAACAGGACGAAGAUUGCAGAGUUCACACAACCUUAUAUCGAGGCGGGACUCGUGGUAGUAGCGCCAAUCAGACGAGAAACUUCAAGUGCCUGGGCUUUCCUUAAACCUUUCACAGUAGAGAUGUGGUGUGUAACAGGUGCUCUUUUUCUUUUUGUGGGAGUAGUUGUUUGGAUUCUCGAACAUCGAACUAAUGUAGAGUUUCGAGGCUCACCACAACAACAAGUCGGAACAAUAUUUUGGUUCAGUUUCUCAACAAUGUUCUUUGCACACAGACACCGUAACAGCUCUUGGGCGUUUUGUGCUAAUCAUAUGGCUGUUCGUCGUGCUGAUCAUCAAUUCAAGUUACACUGCUAG